CUUCUUGUCUUGGGCUAGCUGAUCACUUGCGUACAUUUUUUUUUUGUAGCUUGUUCAAUGUUACCAGUGCAGGUUCAAAAUUUUCUUUUUCGUAUACCUAGUAUUUUCGUCGAGAGAAUGGUGCGCACGUCGGUGGAUGGAAAAAUUGGGUGUAACGAAAAAUACAGUGCUACUUAUUGGCGUUGCCGAUAUUUUAAGGCAUGCCUCUUUCCAUCGUCGAAGCGUCCUACGGUCUUUUGCCAAGAGCAAAAGACAACUAGGUUGUUCGCCGCGAGAUGGAUUGCAGUACGCGCUAACCAAUGGGGCGAAAAAGACGAGACGGAUAAGCGAAUUUCUGACUUGGAGCAGCGACUACACCAGGCAGCAGUCGAGCUGCAGAAGCAGACAAACAAGGCGACCAGCCUGAAAAGAGAGAUGGAUGAUCAGGCGAAGGAGCUGCUUGCGGUGCGUAAAAACCAAAAACUGGUGUGGGAGUAUCGCAAAAUAUUUGCGAUGGAGGUGGCUGCGCUGAUUCUGCUGAUUUACUUUUACGUCUUCUAAUCCGGUAUUUCUAUGUGCUUAGUGGCUUUGCUUUUAGGUGCGUAGCGUCUGAUGUUCUUUACUUCUUUGGAUAUGAUCAAUAUCCCAUGAUAAUUGUAAUUCUUCCUACAUUCUCAUUAUGUAUUUUCCUCACCCACUAUACCUUCAGGGCAUUCACUUUUUUUAUCACGGGUGAGCAGAUGAAGCGGAGGAUAUAACUCGUGAUUGUAGCAGAAUGAAGACUGACAGCAAAAUUGUCUUAUGGGUGAGGAGGUCGCACCACACUGGACCUUUAAAAGGUCACUACGUCAAAAUAAUUAGUGAUCUCUGAUGAUGAUUUUCUCCUUUGUUUCCACCGUAUUUCUCACCAGAACUACAUCUACUAUGAUGUGCAAUCUCACUUCGAGACAAAGUUUAGUGAAAGCGUAUGAUCGUCG